CUGGGGGAGGAGUUGUGGAGAUAUUUGGCGCAAGUUUUUUUUUCUUAGACUAGAGCGCACCAGAGACACCACACGAAAUCCAUCAAGAACUAAAAUAAGUCUUUUGAAACACGUCUGGACGCUAAGUGCUCACAGCGAAGAUGCCCAGCACACGUUCCCAGGCUCAGUCCAUCCUCCAGUUCCCCAGACGCAAGUCCUCCAGUGUUGACUCGAAAAGCACCAAGAGCACAUCCCAGACGAAGGAGACCCAGUCCCUCUGCUCCGUGGAGUCUCCUAAUCCGCAGCCCCUUCCAGGGAAGAUCCAGCUAAUGCCACUCUCACGCAGGUCCGUGGCCCGCAAAGGUAUAUCUCUGUGCCCAAGGCUGACCCGAAGAAUACCCCUCAGCCCUCGCAAACGCACAGGAGAUGAAAAUGGCUGUAACCUCAGUGCCAACCUACUGGACUCUCCUCCCAAACAGCCGUGCCUUAACCUGGCCUCCCCCUGCAAGCUGGGCUUUGAUGAGAACUCCCACAUUCUAUCCCAGAGGAGACUACUGACCCCCCUGUCACCAAAACGGCAGCGCCUCUCCCACCCCAGGGCCUCCCCCAGCAGACUCCAUGAGACCCCCAGUGGGAGCCAAUCAUGUCCCCGAUCAGAGAAGGCCACGGUGGUCCGCCUCUUUGCUGAAAAGUCUAAGUUCCAUAGUGUGAAGCAGGCCCUCCACACGGCUGUCCCAGAGCGCCUGCUAUCCCGGGAGGCUGAGAGGUCCUCCAUCCGCUCCUUCCUGGAGGACAAGGCCCUGAAGGCCAGCCCAGCCAGCCUCUACAUCUCUGGAGCCCCCGGCACCGGCAAGACCGCUUGCCUCAACUGUGUGUUGCAGGAGAUGACGGAUGAACUGAAGGAGAUUCAGACAGUGGUGAUCAACUGUAUGGCUCUGCGUAGCUCCCACGCCAUCUUCCCCCUGCUGGCAAAGAAACUGGGGGCCUCUGGGGGCCACACCGACACCAAGUUGCAGAAACUGCUGACCAGCACGGGGCCCACUGUUCUUCUAGUCCUUGAUGAAAUGGACCAGUUGGACAGCAAGGCCCAAGAUGUUCUCUACACCAUCUUUGAGUGGCCGUACCUGCCCAAGUCCCGCCUCUGUCUCAUCGGUAUCGCCAACGCUCUGGACCUGACAGACAGGAUCCUCCCCAGGCUCCAGGCCCUGCCUCUUUGUCGGCCCCAGCUGUUACACUUCCCUCCCUACAGCCGCCAAGAGCUCGCCGCCAUCGUACAGGACAGACUCAGACAGGUGUCCGGAGAAGGGUUACUAGACGCAUCGGCCGUGCAGUUUUGUGCCAGGAAGGUGUCUGCUGUAUCGGGAGAUGCACGCAAAGCUCUGGAUAUCUGCCGGAGAGCUGUAGAGCUUGUGGAAUCUGACGACAGAAAGAAGGCAGCAGAAACUACAGAGUCUCGUGUGAGCGUUCCCCAGGUGGCCAGGGUGCUGUCGGAGGUGUAUGGGGACCGCAUGUCCUCGUCAGAGGGAGAGAGCUUCCCCAUCCAGCAGAAACUCCUGGUCUGCUGUCUGCUACUGCUAACCCGCAACGGCAAGAACAAAGAGUUCCCACUGGGCAAGCUCCACGAGGUGUACAGCCGUCUGUGUGCCAAGAGACAGGUGGGCGGCGUGGGCCAGGGCGAGUGCCUCUCCCUCUGCAGUCUGCUGGAGAGCCGGGGCAUCUUUGCCCUGAAAAAAGCCAAGGAGGCUCGCCUCACCAAGGUUUCUCUGAAGAUUGAGGAGAGGGAUGUGGAGAAUGCUCUGAAGGAUCGCACCCUGCUGGGCAGUAUCCUGACCGCUGGCCUACCAUGACCUUUCACCCUCGGGAUGAUAUCAAUUUCUCAAUCUGACCAACCCGAUUUAAUAUUUAUUUGUGCCUUAUUUUUAUUUAUUUUUUAUUCCUUUUUUUCUGGUGGGGUGAUGCAUAUCCAGCUAUGACCUCCCUUUUCAGAACAAUGGGAAAUGCAGCAAUUUGUUAGAUUUUUAAUGACAGAUGAACAUGGACUGGAAACAUUUCAAAUGGUCAGCCAAAUUGACCAGCUGCUUUUAACUUGAGUUUAAAUGCUCAUUUAUUUUUGGGUGUUGAAAACCUUAUGUAGAUUUGUUGUAAUAAAUUAAUGUACCAACUUUAAAAAAAAAUG